AUGCGACUCUCACUACCAUUUCUCUUGCCCUUUGUGCUGCUAGCGCAAGUGGUGAUCGCCCAGAAUGCUGCGCUCAACACCCUCCCCGUCAUCUGCGCCGGCGUCAAAGAAGUGACAACAUGCAAGAUUAAAGUCAUCGUGCCGAGUGGUGUCAAGGUCAACAUGAAGACAAUCAAGGUCCCCACGUGGAACAAGUGCAAAAGCCGCCAAUGGGCGGCAUGGAAUUGCCCGACCUUGAAGAAACCCCUCAGGAUUUGUAGGGGAUGGACUUGCAUCCCUGGAUGGGAGAAGAAAUCGGUACAAGUCCCUUCCAGUUUGACCAUUCUCACCAAGGAGGUCGAUCUCUGCGACGAGAUUCGUAGGGCGCUCGGUAAAGGCCUGGGAGACAAGUUCAUCAAGUCAGCCGAGGCCAUCUGUGGCUGCUUCACCCGGUUGCAAAACUUCGCUACGACUGGAUCAUUCACUGCUAUGUCGAUUCGAGGUGAGAUGACGACAGCUACCGUAAAGGUCGCGGACGACACUCUUAGUAUUGAAAAGGUACCAUAUCCCUAUGUCUCUGCCGAGUUCUCGUCUAAUCUGCCCAAGUGUUUUGGAAAAGUUAGUCUACCAAUUCUCAACAACAAAGCCGAUAUUGCGAGUGUACUCAAGUCCAUCGCCCCGUGGGUUAUCGCCCAAGCCAAGGAUAUCGAUCUUUCGGUCUUUCAAUCUCUCGCCCGCGUGGUCGCUGCCUGCCAAGCCGGCAACUGCAACGCGAACUCCAUCAGCGCCGCCGUCAACAACUAUCUAACCCCUUCAUUCCAACUGAUGGAGCCCCCGAUCAAGUCGGUACUUGUUCAGUGGGAUGGUGCCCUGACUCGGAUCCAAGAAAGAGUUACCGAUAUUAACGAAGCGGCUAAUUCUCUGGCAUCCAACUACGAUAUUAUGCGAGCUGAGUUUGAUUCAAGCAAGCAAAAGAUUUGCGAGGAACUGCAGAGGUGUGAUGGACAGGGAGUCCCGAAAUUCCUCGACCGGGUUGAUGAGGUUAUUGAAGCUGCCAACAGACUCUGGCCAGUCCGAGGCCCCCUUGACGUUCCCUCUAACCAGCUCGGUAAGAGGCUGGCUGAAACGACUCAACUCAGAAAAGACAUCAAAAAGUAUCCGGAUACGGCAAUUCUAAUCUCCAUGAUCAAGCAGGGCAGGUUCAAAAAGAUUAGCGACAUCUUCCUAUUCAUGCCUAUCGUCCAGCGAGUGCCAGAACUGGCCAAGCAGAUCAAAACCAACCUUUCACCACUCCAAGACAUCAUCAGACAAUACAAGCAGCCAUCCGGCGAAGCCCAAGAGAAUACAUGGUCCCUCAGCUGGUCCAACAUAAUCUGGCCAGACACAGAACUCACAUCUGACUCGCCCGAAGCAGACGCCGCUUUGAUCACCGAACUAAACGCAGUAGACGAACUAGUAAGGAAGUACCUCUCUGGCCAUCUUCUCGCAUACAGCAACGGCAUGGUCAUAAUGGACGCCGAGCUCAGGGGCUUCUCGGUGGCCAACGGGUCGUUUGCCAUGGAGACCAAGGUGGCAACGUAUAACCGGUGGACGACAAUCUCUAUGGACAUGCCUUGCUCCAAGAAGGAGACCAAGGUGUACAAGAAGAGUGGGCUUCAGAAGUCGUUCUCGUGGAGGACAUAUUUCAAGUGCAAAGUGGCUCCUGUCACGGCAUAUUUCCCUAAAACUCAUGUGCCUUACAUUAGGAUCCGAGGAGGAGCAGGUAUUGAUCCGAACGAUCAAUAG